AUUUGGAUCGCCAGUGUGGCUAGGAGCUUAGUUCCCAACUCGAGAAUCGUCCUUAUUUUCGUCGGCCAUAGACUUCAAGGCGGAAGAUUUGAGACUGACUACACGUGGGCGGAAUGAACUAUUAACUCCAACAGAGUUGUCUCGUCACUUUCCCACCUGCCGCAAAAUUUCCGCGUGACAUUAAUUAAUGAGGCCUGUCACUCGGGGUCGUGGUCCGCUAUUGGUCCUGGCAUCGGACUUGGGCGAGACGUGUUAGUGGAAACGGCAUCUCAGGAUGACGAACUGUCAUAGAAUUGGCUCUCCAAUUCCGGGAAGCGUCGUUGCUCCCUUUUCGCGAUGGCGUAGCUCCGAGAGUUGACGACACACCCAGAAGGGAAAAUCACAGAGCAUAUUGCACGCAUCGAGGAAGAGAUGGAAUCCGUCCCUGAGGGGCAGGAGACAAGCCGGCCAGCAAUCACCAUGGGUGCAAGAACUUUGCUCUCAUACAAUAUUUCCCAUUUUGUACUCCCUCCCAAUAUUGCGAGGGCGAUCAUCAAUGCCGCCACGGAGCGAAAUCCUCAGGAAGAUGUUCUACGAUACCAGGCACGUCCGCGCGAAACUUGGGGAGUAUUGGGGCCUCGCGGACAAAUUGUGCAAGGGCCAGCAAACAAUGCAGCCAAUAAAGCCGAUCUCUCCGAUACUACUGGAUCCGACGCUGAUGCCAAGGACUUCGAUAUGGACUUAUUUCUUCUCAAGAAAUAUCUGGAUGGCUUAGGGCCCUUAUCUCAAGAACAUAACAGAUCGGCCCUUGCGAAUAUGUGCCAAUAUGUGCUAGAUGGCGAGGGGGCAAAACACAAUUUCAAAAAGCGCACAGUCAAGACGAUUGUUUGGCAAGGAUUGCAGCUUUACCAUGUGAAAGAGCUCAUCACUCAUUUGGUGGCCGGUGAUCACAUCGCCUACAAUGUCAACCAGGAGGAGGCAAGAAAAUCGCUUGUUGGUUACAUACAAGAUGUUGUCGUCCCGAUUGUCCGUCGAUUUCACCAGGUCCCGGAGAUCGAAUAUCUUCAAAGUCCCACCUGGGAGGACGUUUACCUUGAUGUGUUCUUCGAAGACGCGUUCAUGCACCUAGGCCGUGUGAUUGCUUGUAACCAACUCUUACGACCUUCGCAUUUUGAUCUCGACUCGAUUGAAACUGUCAUCGUUGAUUUUCUCCGUGGGGAGAAUACUGAUGAAGAAGCGGUUACUUUAACCUGGCAUAGACUGUCCAACUGAAUCGUCGUAGUCUUUAUACCAAUCGUCCAGCUUGAAUGGAUGCAUUGACAGGUCUGAUCCUUCGGCUAUCUGUAUCUGUUGCAUCAAUAUGUGAUAAUAGAGAAUAUGCUCUCGCCAUAGGACGAGCAAUCAAUUACCG